GCCCCCGGCGGGUGUGUGGGUGGGUGUGUGUGUUGUGUCUGAGGUUCGCGCGGUUGCUCGCCCUUCACCUUGCUGCACCCAGGCUCGGCUGCUGCCCUGCGCCCCUCGCCCCGCCGGGCGUCGGGCGUCGCGGGCCAACAUGGGUCAGGAAGAGGAGCUGCGGAAGAGCGCCCGAAAGCUGGAGAAGAUGGUGGCCAGGAAGAACACGGAAGGAGCCCUGGAGCUUCUGAAGAAGCUGAACAGCUGUCCAAUGUCCAUCCAGCUGCUGCAGAGAACCAGGAUUGGGGUUGCUGUUAAUGGUGUUCGUAAGCACUGCUCAGACAAGGAAGUGGUGGCCUUGGCUAAAGUCCUCAUCAAGAACUGGAAACGGCUACUGGAAUCCCCAGGAUCUUCCAAAAGACAGGAAAGAGAAAAAUCAAAGAAAAAGAAAAAGAAAAAGAAGAAGGAGAGAGGGCUUGACUGUUCAGAUUGGAAGCCAGAAGCAGCCUUUUCUCCACCCAGGAAGAAACGAGAGGAAGAACCCAAGAACAGGAGAGACUCGGUGGACUCCAGGUCUUCUGCUACCUCCUCUCCAAAAAGGCCGUCGAUGGAAAGAUCAAACAGCAGCAAAACUAAAGCGGAGACCCCCAAGACACCCAGCAGCCCCCUGACUCCCACGUUUGCCCCCUCUGUCUGCCUCCUGGCUCCUUGCUAUCUCACAGGGGACUCUGUCCGGGACAAGUGUGUGGAGAUGCUGGCUGCAGCCCUGAAGGCUGAAGAUAACUACAAGGACUAUGGGGUCAACUGUGACAAGAUGGCAUCAGAAAUUGAAGAUCAUAUCUAUCAGGAGCUCAAGAGCACAGACAUGAAGUACCGGAACCGCGUGCGCAGCCGCAUCAGCAACCUCAAGGACCCCAGGAACCCAGGACUCAGGCGGAACGUGCUCAGCGGGGCCAUUCCCGCUGGGCUCAUCGCCAAGAUGACGGCAGAGGUGAGGAGUGGCUGGAACUACUGUGUGGUGAAGCAGGAGGUUAGCCCUGGGCUCUGCCGGGUCUGA